GUGAUUUCGAAGAAGAUUGCAAAAAAUAUUUUCAAAAUUUGAAAUCUCAGCUAAAAGAGAAGAGAAGAACUAUUUCCCUUUCUCGGUCGUGUCAUCGUUUUCUCAGAUUCCUGAAUAAUUCCCUUUCGAUUCCCAUAUAUCCUCAUCGAAUCCAUCUCCCGAAUUCUGAGAUUCGACGAACCCUAGCUAGGUUUCUAAUCAUGCCCAUGGAGAACGACAACGGCCACGUCAGCAACGUCGUCGUCACCGCCGAGCAAGCCACCAAGAUCAACGAGACUGAGGUCCGGUUACCGAUUGAGAAUCGCCAGACCGGUGUUGUCUCAGACGCCGGAAGUGGUGGUAAUAGCGAGAGAGGAGAGCAAGGGGACGGAGAGACGGCAGUGGCGGUGGCGGUGACGGUGGAAGAGAACGGAUCGAAUUUGGUGGCUGAGCUACCUCCUCGAUCUUCUUCCGCUAGAGUUCCGUUCACUAAUCUAAAUCAAAUUGAUGCGGAUCUUGCUCUUGCUCGCACACUCCAAGAACAGGAGCGGGCGUAUAUGAUGCUGACUAUGAAUAGUGAAAUUAGUGACUAUGGGAGCUGGGAAACUGGAAGCUAUGUAUACGAUGAGGAUGAGUUUGAUGACCCCGAGAAUGAGGAUGACGAUGAAGACGAAUAUGAGACAGAUAACGAUCCUCAGGAAGAUGCGCCAGAUGUUCACGCCAAUGAAAAUGAUCAAGAAGAUGAUGGCAACUCUGACAUCGAAGAAGUUGCUUAUUCAGAUGAUGAGGCCUAUGCUAGAGCUCUUCAAGAUGCUGAAGAAAGGGAUAUGGCAGCUAGAUUGUCUGCCUUAUCUGGGUUAGCAAAUCGGGUUGAAGUUCUAGAGGAUGAGAGUCAUACUUCUCAGGAUGCCUGGGAUGAGAUGGAUCCUGAUGAGCUUUCAUAUGAGGAGUUGCUUGCACUUGGCGACAUUGUGGGAACCGAAAGUAGAGGAUUGUCUGCUGAUACAAUUGCAUCUUUGCCUUCAAAAAGAUAUAAAGAUGGGGACAAUCAGAACGGAACCAAUGAGUCGUUUGCCCUGUAUGCAGCGCAGAAGUUUCAGCUUCCACCUCUGGACAAAGCUAAUGAAAGCAAAGGAAGAAAGAUUCAGAAAAAAGGAAUCAUAAGCUAAGAACAUCAAAACCUUAGCUGUCUGUUUGUACACUUUUUAUAAACAAAAAAAAACAUCACCAGAUUUCCUUGGAUCCUUUAAACAGUCUCAAGGAUUGGAACUUUCUCGAACGCU